GCUGGAAGAUACAGGUCUGUGGGAUGCAAACCUUCCACUUGGGGCAAAAGCAGCCCUUGCAACCCAAGAAGCCGCUCACACGCACCCCAAAACAAGAACUUUGAAACAGCUGUUCAAGAGAAUGUUACCAUUAAUGGACAGCCAUGGCAGGAAACUUCAGAUCAAGUUGAGCUUCAGAAUGGUUCUGACAUAAAAAUCCUUGAAGAUCAGUUUGAUGAAAUUAUAGUAGAGACCGCUACGAAGCGUAAGCAGUGUCCCAUAAAGAUAAUGGUACAUCUCAUCAAAACUAUGAAAGCAGAGCAAGAAAUGUUGAAGCUCUACCAGCCUGUUAUAAAGCCACAAGAAAUAAAACCUGAACCUUUUCAAGCGUCUCACAUGGCAAAUCUGAAGCAGGUAACAGGAGUCACAUCCAAGCAGAUUAGUGAUGCAAUGAAGUCCCUACCAGCAUUGAUAGAAAGAGCAGAUGGAUUUUCCCAAACGUUAACUUUGCAGCCCAACUUGGAACUAUGCAAGCUUCGCCAGGAAGUCUUUGCUGGCUGUAAGGCCAAGGAAGAAAAUAAAAUCCAAAGCUUUAGAACACAAAUGAAAGUCAAACCAGCAGAAACCUCUUCCAAUAAAACUUCUAAUAUAAUCCUGAAAAGAAAGAGAACCACAGAUUCACCACAGUUAAAAUGCUACCCUCUGCGACAAAGAAUUAUUCUGAAUACAUGAGAGUUUUUCUUGCACUUAUUUUCAAACUUGAAAAUACUCUGUCAACAGUAUGGUUUAACUGUGUUUUUUUUCUAACAGUGGGAUAGAAGUUAUAGUUCUUUUUAAAAAUAGAGAAUUCUUAGUGGCUGUGUAGCCUUAAUGUUUUUAUAUAUUUUUUCUCUUUAUUAUUACAUCCUAGUUAUGUGAAGAUGUAUGUAGCAGUGACAUGCCUUAGAGUGCAUUCAAUUUUUCUCUUUUUUUUUUUUAUUGUAGGGAUAGACUCUGGCCCUGAUGCCUCAAUUGCUUGCUCAUGUGCAUAACUUUAUGCACAUGAGUUGAUUGGUUGUGUUCAAUAGGAUUACUCGUGCAUAAAGCAUGUGUCUAAAAUGGGGGUGGGCAAUAACUUGACAGGAGGCCACCUCACUAAUUUUUGAAGUGACCCUGGGCCCUGAAAGGGGCGGGGCCAAGACAGAUUGGCCUGGGGGUGGGGUAGCAUGUGAAGUCUUUGCCACUGCCCUCCCCCUGCCUAGAGAGAACUGCCAGCUGUUCAGAACAGCUGGCAGUUCCCUCUAGGCACCCGCCCCCUUUCAGGGCAGGAGGAGACCUCAUGAACUGCCCCCGCCCCCAGGCCAAUCAAGGCCUGGGGGUGGGAAGAGCACACAAAGCUGCCCCUGCCCCCACCCUGCAAGGAGCACAUGCAGGACCGGGGUAGGGAGCAAGAGACUUUGUAUGCUCCUCCUGCCCCCAGGCCAAUCAAGACCUGGGGGCGGGGCAGUGGCAGGGCAUCCGUGGGUCAAAUCUGCCCACUUGGCAGGCCGGAUCCAGCCCAUGGAGGCCCCUUUGCCCAGCCUUGAUCUAAAAGGAAUGGAGGAUGAAUGAACCUAUUGUAUUUCUCCCUAAAUAAAGUUAGAUAGCUGUUGAUCUUUUUGACUGUUAAAGAAAUGCAACUUAAAUGUGUCAUUCUCUGUAUAGGAGAGGCCAUUUUCAUUUAUGAAAUUCAUAUGCAGUUGCAAAAUUGGUCUUUUUUUAGUAUAAUUAUUUUUAUUCAAAAUUUGGGUCAGUUUGGCUAAUUUUUUAUAAUCCAUAUUUUUAUGUAAACAUGGAAUUUUAUUAUAAGUUUUAGGCAUUUUAUUUGCAGUAUAGUUUUUGAACCAGGCUUUGUAAUAUGACAUCUGCAUUUUCACGUCAUCUAACUAUAAGUGUCUAGGUGCACCCACUUUAGUCUCCCUAAGGGGCACUUCAUCAUGUUAGAGGGUCUCCAAGCAAUUACUUGUGGGUGGGUGUGGGUGUGUGUAAAUAUAUGUAAGUAAAAUAUUUUUGACUAAACUUUUAAAUCAAUUUAGAGUAAAAGUAAAUUAAUACCAAGCAGAACUAUCCAAUAUCUGAGUUUCUGCAUAUUAUAAAAGAAUAGCUAGAAGAUAGCAAUUUAUUAAAUUGAGCAGCUUGUCUUAAUAACUUAUAUUACAAAUGUUUCAGGAGUCAAGGCUGUUAAUAUAACUUUUUCCUGGCUUCUGAUUACAUGUGUUUACAAUAUAACCUUAUUUCUAUAACAUGCAAAGUGCUUUCUCAUGCUGAAUAACUUUCAUUACUCCUUAUUGGAGAAUUUCACUGAUAAAGUAGACUCAAUAAGAGGAAAGGAUAGGCCCUAUGUAACCUUUCAGAAACUGAAUCUUGAAGAGUAAAUGUGUAGAAAAAUGUAGGUUAAUAAAAUACGGUGGCAAAUUGUAAACUUACUACAGAAUGAGAAUUUGUAUUUUGAAUAUUUGUACAUAAAUUUUGUUUUUAUAUUGUUCUUAUGACUUGUAUAUCUGUAAAUAGAAAUGUGUGUAUUCUACAAAAUAAAACUAAUUAAAAUAUUUUGUGAAAUCUCAA